AUGAAGGUGGCCAUGCCGCUCCUGCGGCACCUCCUCGCCCCGUCAAUACGGCAGCCCGUCGCCCUCCGCCGCCCAGCCCUGCCCAAGGCAGCCUCCUCCUCCUCCCCGUCCAUCAUCGCCGCCGCCGCCGCCGCAUCGAAGCGCCCCUUCUCCUCCUCCCCCGUCCGCAGCGCAACCCUCAUGCAAGUCAAGCGAGGCUGCCGCAAGCCCCAGCGCGCGCGCCACGCCGUCUCCCCGGCCCUCUCGGAGAUCGGCGCCCCCGAGCUCAAGGGCGUGUGCCUCAAGGUCGGCAUCACGCGGCCCAAGAAGCCCAACUCGGGCGAGCGCAAGACGGCCCGCGUGCGCCUCUCGAGCGGCCGCGUCGUCACGGCCUACAUCCCCGGCGAGGGCCACAACAUCCAGCAGCACAGCGUCGUCCUCGUCCGCGGCGGCCGCAGCCAGGACUGCCCCGGCGUGCGGUACCACCUGGUCAGGGGGGCUCUGGACCUGGGAGGCGUCGGCGCUCGCGUGAGCAGCAGGAGUAAAUACGGAACCAAGAAGCCCAAGACGGCGUCUAAGCAAAAGUCUUUUCCGAACUUUGACGAAUUCAAAUUUGCAGCAGCUACUUAG